GCAGGUCCGUUUUUUUUUUUUUUUUUUACCUCUUUGCUUUCUUUAUUCCACCCUGCCUCCCUCUUUCUUUCUCUAUUUAAUACGCCUUAGCGCGUGCACGCGUGUGUGUGUGUGUGUAUUUAUUUAUUUAUGCAUCUUAUUUGAAAGUAUCCAGGUUUUUUUAAAAAACAUUUGGUUUUAGUCGCUCCUCAAAUGAGAAGACGUAAAAGAUGGAGCUUCACAUUUUAGAGCACAGCUUGAAAGUGGCGAGUAUAGAGAAAGAGGGGAUCCAGAUUUGCACUCACGGAUUAAUAAAACUCGCCUUCCUGGCCUCAAAAACAAGAUGCAAGUUUUUCAGUCUGACAGAGACUCCGGAGGACUACACCAUUAUCGUCGAUGAGGAAGGCUUUAAAGAGCUGCCCCAGUCAGAGCACAUCAGCGUCGCCGAUGCCACAUGGUUGGCCCUUAACGUGGUGUCGGGCGGUGGCAACGCCUCCAACUCACCGCCCAUCGGAGUCACCAAAAUCGCUAAGUCAGUCAUCGCGCCACUGGCCGACCACAACAUCUCCGUUUUCAUGCUGUCGACGUAUCAGACGGACUUCAUUCUGGUUCGAGAGCGAGACCUGCCGAUGGUCAUGCACACACUGUCUUCCGAAUUCACUUUGCUUCGGGUGGUCAACGGGGAGACUGUAGCUGCGCACAAUCUGGGAGUCACCAAUGGAUUUGUAAAACCAAAACUUGUGCCCCGUCCCAUCAUCCACCCUUUAUCCAGUCCCAGCAACAUGUUCUGUGUGACCAGCCUGGACCCAGACACACUGCCCUCUGUAGCCACCCUGCUCAUGGACGUCAUGUUUUACUCUGGAGGGCCAAAAGAGCCUGGAGCUUCCAGUGAAGACUCCAGCCACAUCCGCUUCUUCUCCUUCUCCCUGAUCGAGGGCUACAUCUCUCUGGUCAUGGACGAGCAGACAACUCAAAGGUUUCCAAACAAUGUCCUCUUCACCAGUGCCUCUGGUGAGCUUUGGAAAAUGGUUCGCAUUGGGGGACAACCUUUAGGAUUUGAUGAGUGUGGCAUCGUGGCUCAGAUAUCAGAACCCCUGGCAACAGCUGACAUUCCAGCUUACUACAUUAGUACCUUCAAGUUUGACCAUGCCCUGGUUCCAGAGGAAAACAUCCAAAGUGUGAUCGGAGCUCUGCGGACCGAGAGCACGACACAGUGAAGGAAACAACCAUGAAAACAACCGUUUUCUAAGUCAUUUCGUUCAAACGUUUAUCAUGUCCAAAAAGUGCCAAGAGCUUAUUAGCGGACUACUAUGGACCGGUUCUGAAAGAAGGAAGGGAUCUAAGCACAGAGCGUGGGUGGAGUUUGGGUGGGGCGGGGGGAGUGUGACAGUCUGAUAGGGAUGCCUUUGUUACUUGAUCAUUUUCUUUACCCUCACCCCUCCUUCCUUCCCUGGCACCUGAGGCCCUCCACUGCCUGCUCUGGUAGUUGUUGCUUUAGUUUACCAGACUGAAUAUGUUUCUUUUCCUCUCUAAAGCUGCUUCUUCCCACUCCCUGACCCUCAUGAGCACCAUACUGUAUUAGUUACAUAAUUCCUCUCACGGAAGGAUGACGAAUGUACUCUCAAAAAUGAAAGAAAUAUUAUAUAUAUAUAUAUAUAUAUCAAGCUUUCCUUUUUUUGUUUGGUUUUUGUUUGGUUUUUCCACAGGUCAUUUUCUCAGUGCCAAGAUGAUUGAAUGCCUAAACCGAUGCCUUUGUCAAAAUACUAUACAUGUGUGCAAUUGAAGGAGACAAUUUUGGAGACAGCCAGCAACGACAGACCUGGUUGAGUAAUAUGUCUUUUUUUUUCUUUGUUUUUAUUAUUAGUUUUUGAACAUGUUUUAAUUAUAGCAAUGAUCUGACCGUUGGAGUCCCUUCAGAUUUAGAAGUUAAAUUCAGAUGUUUGUUCUGGUGAAACAUGAAGUGAAUCCCAGAUCUUAAGGAGGAAUUAAUCUUUUAGCGCUUUGAUAAGUUAUAUGCAUUCACACUGUGAGCAACCUGGUCGAUGGGUCACACAGGAUCAGUAGAUUUUAACUGUGUGUUGUAAUAUUGUAGACAGACAGAUCUUUGGUUUGGUUUGUUUUUUAACUGACCCUCAGCUAGCAGCAGAUGUGAGGCAGCAUUAACCAGUGACUUCAGAGCUGCACCUCAGAGUCACAUUAGUCUAUUAAAAGAUCAUUUUAUGUAUUAAUCAGUGACAACUGAUUUGAUUUAAUCACUUUAAAAGAAAAUUGGCAAUACAAAUAUUUUUGCUAUUCUCUGACACUUGUUAUUGACUCUAGAUUGAAACUAGAUGGACUGGCAUAAAAUCUGGCACAAAAUGGUUCCCAGAUGAGGCGUCCUAAUGACUUUAACUUUUCAUUUUGCACCAUCAUCAGGUCAAAAUUUACAAUUGUCUAAUACUUUGGUUUAUUACCAAAUCCCUGCAAAACUCAGCCUCAACUAAACUUUCUUUUUAGUGCUAUGACAUUAACCUACCAACACUAAGAUGCUGAACACAGCAGAUGUUAUACUUUGCUAUAUAAUUUAAAAUUGCACUGAGAGCAACCACUACCAGCUCAGCCACUACCAUUUUCACAUUUCCUUCACAGCAGCUGCUGAGGAUCAAAAACAAACCUUUGAAUUGAAUUCGACUUCUAUCCAUCUUAUAAUUUGGUUCUCUUUACAAUGAGCAAUACAGCCCCCUCAAAAACACUAAUCACACUAGAAGAACAUAUGAAUUCAGGCACUCUUGGCCGCCAAUAAUUUAGCUAGCCUGGCUCUGUCCAGAGUUCAAAAACACACCUACAAGCACCUCCAAACUUUACAAAUUAACACUUUGCAUCUUGUUUGUUUAAUCUUGACACAAAGAGAAACUUAAAACUGACAUUUUGUGGUUUUAUGGAGAGUUACAUUAAUUACUUCUUGACAAAUACUUGCCAGCAGUAGAUACUUUUCAGAAAGACAGUUGUUCAGCAAUAAAUAGAUAAUGCUACGCAAAAGCUGUUUAUCUAAAUUGUCAGUGUUUCAACAUCACUUUCAAUGACUUGAUGAUCAUGAUGCUCACAGUAUGAACCCACAUUUAAGACCUGGUGAUAAAUGCAAUGAUGAAAAUGUUUGCAUCUACAUUAGUAAUAAAUUACUGAGCCACUUUGACAAUGUACUACAAUAAUGACAGUGCAAGUGUGCUAAGCAUAAGCUAAGGUUCACACAGGGGAAGGAACAUUUCCCUCCACGCCCUGGUGUCCAUUUAGGUCUUGAAGCUGCCCCUCCCCUGCCCCAGUCUGCACUUUAAUGCAGGUUCCACCCUCACAGGCCUGCUGUACUGAUGUGAAUAUGGGGAGGACUAUUUACUUUAGAAAGAUCCUGUCCAGAUGGGGAGAUCUCUGUUGGUCUUAAGCAUUUGGUGAUAAUGUUUUUCUUUUUUUUUCCUUUUACUUUCAUGACACCUUGCACCUAACAGCAACCUUUCUUCUGAUCAGUUUUGAUUGGUAGAAACCCUGUAUUUAUCAGUGUUAAUACAUGAGAAAGGUGACAUUUCUUCUGAUUCCAUUUCAAAGAAAAUGUUAAAAGCUUUUCAUUUGGAGCUUCUUGUGUGGAAAAAAAAUAAACAAGCUUUUUUUUGAGCUUGA